AUGUACUAUAGGGAAAGGAGAGCAUCAUCCUAUUAGAAACCUCAGCCUGGUUAUGAUAAUUUGAGAAAUCAGCUGGAUUUAUUGGAUAAAUUUAUGAAACCAUCCUAUGAUAUUUAAUUACCUCAUGAUCCUAGUCAAAAAAGCGGAAUUAGAUAAUCUGGACAAUUGAAUAGAUCCUUCUAAUUUCCCAAGGUUUCUUAGUAAGCAGACGACUCAGUCAAUGAAGAAGUAGUUCAGAUGUAGCUAGCAAUAGAUUUAUAAAACUAGACACUAAAGAGAUUAUUGAAAGAAUAAAGAGAAGCUUAGGUUUUUAAGUAAGAACUAGAGAAUUUAAAAAGCCAAGUUCAUACCAUACACCUAAAAUUACCAAAGCUACCUCAAUAUGAAUAAUUAAAUGAAAUUAAGCAAGAAAUCUCCUCAUUAAGACAAUCCUUUUUCUAAUAAGCCUAACAACUGUAAUAGCCAAUUAUUCAACCUCCCUAGAUAAUUUAUUAGCAAAUGCCUUAGCAAAUACAGUAACCUCAGUAUUUCCCACCUCCUUAUCCGUAUUAUCCUUACGGAUAAUAACCUCCUCCAUAUGGACAAUCCCCUCCACCAUACCCACUUUAAUAACAAUACCAACAACCCUAUUAGUACAACCCCUAUCAAUCUCCCUACUAUCCUCAACCUUAAUCUCAGCCCCAACCCCAUGAAACUUAAACAAAUUAAUAAAACCCAUAAUCCUUAGGCAAAAUUAAAACUGUUGGUUCGCAAGCCUAAAAUUCCAGAAGAUCAAGUCAAAAGACUAUUCCAUUAAUUUCGAAGAGGUCCAUACAAUAAACCAAAUAAAGUUUUUUCUCUGAUAAUGGAGAUAAGAAAGCGUUAUUUUAGGGUUCAAGACUGAAGGUAAUUUUUAAUGCAGUGAGAUAUGCAAUGCGUUGGAAGAUAUAUUGUAAACCUUUAAAUAUUUUAUGGAGAAAACUAUAUAAACAUUCAGUGGAGUGUAAAGCAGUUAUAUAAAAAAUUUCAUAUCCUAUUGCUUUGAAACGCAUUAAUGAUUGGUGCAAGAUGGUAUUGGCAAAAGUAGAAAACUAUUUGAUUAAAAUAAAAGAGAUAGAUUUUAUUAAUCCAGAAAAACCCUUGACAGAGUAAGAAUUAGAUCAAUCAUAUAUGUAAUUAACAAAUGCAAUGAAAUAUCUGAUGACCAGUCUAGUUACUUAUUGUACAAACGAUUUCAUGAUUCCAGAAUUGAAAUUUUUAUCUUACCUUUAAUUUUUCGAUUAGCCAGAAAUAGAUAGAGGACUGUUUGUUGCUCGAAGAGUAUUAUUUUGGAAGGAGAAAUAAUUAGACAUGACAAAAACAUAAUAGAUGAUGAUUGUGGGGGAUCUAGUUAUAUUAGUGCAUAUACUGCCUGCUUUGAUGGAAAUUCCAGGUUAGGUAUUUAUAGUUAAAUGUAUGGUAUCUCUUGUGUAAAUUCAUUUUAUGAAGUAUUUUGAUUUGAGAGUACUCAAUCGAAAUCCAGAGUAUAGAAUUAUUCAAUUAAAUUUGGUGGAUGUAGUGGAUGGCAAAUUAGUUGCCAGAUUAGAAAAACUUGACAAAUUUGAAGAUGAAAGAUAUAUUGUAGGUGUCUAUGAGGACAGUCAAUUUUAAGGAUUUUAUGCCAAAAGACCUCAUUUUCAGGAUGAUAUGCAAAAAGCUCUAUUUUAAAUACAUACUAAUUUAUUAUAAGCAUUAGCUGCUAAAUGA